AUGGCCAAUCCACCUCAUGGCGGCGUAUUGAAAGACCUCGUAGCUCGCGAUGCUCCGCGAAGAAAGGAACUCUCCGCAGAGGCGGAAAAGCUGUCAGCUAUCGUUCUCAAUGACCGGCAACUCUGCGACAUGGAGUUGAUCCUCAAUGGCGGCUUCUCACCUCUCGAAGGUUUCAUGAGCGAGAAAGACUACAAGGGCGUGGUUGAAGACAGUCGUCUUGCGGACGGCAACCUCUUCUCAAUGCCAAUAUGCUUGGACGUCAAUGAGCAUGAUGUGCAAGAGCUGGGCCUCAAGUCAGGUGCUCGCGUGACCCUGCGAGACUCCCGUGACGAUCGAAACCUGGGUAUCAUGACCAUCGAAGAUGUCUACAAGCCGGACAAGGACAACGAGGCUAAGAAAGUUUUUGGUGGUGACCCUGAGCAUCCAGCGGUCAAGUACCUCUUCACCCAGACCGGCGAGUACUACGUUGGCGGCAAGAUCGAGGCCAUUGACCGUCUGAUGCACUACGACUACGUUGCUUUGCGCUACACUCCUGCCGAACUACGCCUCCACUUCGACAAGCUCGGCUGGUCUCGCGUCGUUGCUUUCCAGACUCGCAACCCUAUGCACCGCGCUCACCGAGAACUCACGGUUCGUGCUGCUCGCAGCAGGCAAGCCAACGUGCUUAUUCACCCUGUGGUUGGCAUGACCAAGCCUGGCGACAUCGACCACUUCACUCGCGUGCGUGUGUAUCAGGCUCUCCUCCCUCGCUACCCCAACGGCAUGGCUGUGCUUGGCUUGCUACCACUGGCGAUGCGUAUGGGUGGCCCACGCGAAGCGAUCUGGCAUGCUAUCAUCCGUAAGAACCACGGUGCAACGCACUUCAUUGUCGGACGUGAUCAUGCAGGACCUGGCAAGAACAGCAAGGGCGAAGAGUUCUACGGCCCUUACGACGCACAGUACGCGGUUGAGAAGUACCGCGAUGAGCUUGGCAUUGAGGUUGUGCCCUUCCAGCAGAUGACCUACCUUCCCGAUAGCGACGAGUACCGUCCAAAAGACGAAGUGCCGAAGGAGGUUCGCACGCUCGACAUCUCCGGCACAGAGCUGCGACGUCGUCUACGGACGGGCGCAGACAUCCCGGACUGGUUUUCUUACCCGGAAGUUGUGCGAGUGCUACGCGAAUCGCAUCCUCCACGAAACAAGCAAGGCUUCACAGUCUUCCUUACGGGCUAUACUAACUCCGGCAAAGACGCCAUUGCCCGUGCGCUCAAUGUUACGCUGAACCAGCAAGGUGGCCGGUCCGUCUCGCUGCUACUCGGCGAAACAGUUCGCAGUGAGCUGUCCUCCGAGCUGGGCUUUUCGCAUGAAGACAGGAACAGGAACAUUGCUCGCAUCGGUUUUGUCGCCUCCGAGCUUACCAGAGCCGGUGCGGCCGUUAUUGCGGCCCCCAUCGCGCCAUUCGAGAAGUCGCGAAAAGCUGCGCGAGAGAUUGUUGAGAAGUUCGGCAGCUUUUACCUCGUCCACGUUGCAACGCCACUCGAGUACUGCGAGAAGACGGACAAGCGUGGCAUCUAUGCUAAAGCGCGGAAGGGCGAAAUUAAGGGCUUCACGGGCGUCGAUGAUCCAUAUGAGGAGCCCAAGGGCAAGGAAGCGGACCUCGUGGUAGAUAUCAGCAAGGACAAUGUAAGGACGGCAGUGCAUCAGAUCGUGCUGUUAUUGGAGAGUGAGGGUCUUCUUGAUCAGCUAUAA